AUGUCCGGCUAUCCUCUAUGCGCGACGGAUUGCAUUGCUGAAGCUCUGCUGCAGUCCUCUUGCAUAGGAGAGGACCUAGCUUGUCUCUGUGCCGACGUUAGAUUUAACGGACAAGUCGAGGCGUGUGUGACUGCUGCUUGUACUGUCAAAGAGAGUCUUAGGGGGGAAAAAGUUGUCGCCAACACGACGUGGACGAGUUGCGGGUUUCCGCUUGCCGACAAUACGGCCCUUCCGCGGUUUCUCGCCGGUUUUCUCUUCUUAUUGCCUGCCGUGUUUAUCUUUGCUCGUCUGCUGAACAAGAAGAUCAAUCCAUCUCCGUGGGGUGCCGAUGACGCUUGCAUCAUGUUUGCAUUCCUAUUUUCAACUGACCAAGGAUCAGUUUUGGCCCUUGGACUCGGUAAAGAUAUAUGGACGCUGCAGCCGCACGAAAUCAUUGACUUUCACAAGAUCCUGUUUGUGACCGAACUGGUUUACACAAUAACUAUCGCGCUGAUCAAAGCCUCAAUACUGUUCUUUUUUCUCCGCAUCUUUCCAUCCAUGCUAUUCCGCAAGGUCGUAUGGGCCACGCUGGGGCUGAACGCUGCAUCCGCCCUGGUGUAUUUCAUUGUCAUUCUUGUUCAGUGCCGGCCGGUGUCAUUUUACUGGCUCGGAUGGGACGGCCAACACACAGGCGUUUGCAUGAAGUUUGAUGUAUUGAUUAUGUUGCAUGUCGGCUUCAACAUUCUUUUGGAUGUCUGGAUGCUUGUCUUACCACUGACGCAGCUAUACAAGCUCAAUUUCGGAGUGAAGAGAAAGAUUGGAGUCAUGUUGAUGUUCAGUGUUGGGAUCUUGUAA